AUGCCGUCACCGCCCGUCAAAGUGAUGCUCCCCAGCAACCCCGCCCUCCAGGCUGACGACUGCAUGCUGACGCGCAAGUUCGGCCAGGAGGUCAUCAACUACUACUCCGGCACCCGGCUCAACCGCUACUCCUUCCUCCGCACCGACGCCGGUUUCCUACGCCGCGCCGCCCUCGCCCCAGCCGCCCGCUAUGUUGCCCUCAGCGACCUCUCCGCCGUCGCCGUCGACAAGUCCCAGCUCGCCACUUUUCGGUUCGAAGACGUGAAGCCCUUGAUUGGUGCCGACCCGGCCAUCGCGCUCGAGGAAAAGGCCGCCGUCGCCCAGUUUGACUCGACGAGGACCACACCGCUCGUCGUCUUCCUCGGUCUGGUGGACGGCUCCAUUGGCGGCGCGGCGGCGGCCGAGGAGGAACAGGAAACAGUCGAGAUCCAGUCCGCGACUCACGGCACCGUCAAGGCCCAGCCAUACUUCGCCGUCGACAUCACCCCCCGAGAUCCAUACAAGGAGGCAGCCGAAGCGUUCCAAAAGACAUUUCAAGCCCGCGGACUAUCCAUUGAGACGAACCCGCGUGCCCUAACGCUCCUCCCUGAGCACGCUUCCAUAUACGCCCAGGCCCGGUCCAUGAUCGACUGGAACACCCGCAAUCGCUUCUGCGCCGGCUGCGGCUCCCGCAACCUCUCCAUCCAGGCCGGCUACAAGCGCGCUUGUCCCCCCGCCGACCUGCGCGGCGGCAACCCCCUAACCCGCGACGACUGCCCGACGCGCCACGGCGUGUCCAACGUGUGCUUCCCACGCACCGACCCGACCAUGAUCGCGGCCGUGCUGUCCGCCGACGGCCGCCGCGUGCUGCUCGGCCGCCAGGCCGCCUGGCCCGCCGACUGGUACUCCACCCUCGCCGGCUUCCUGGAGCCCGGCGAGUCCAUGGAGGAGACGGUCCGCCGGGAGGUUUGGGAGGAGAGCGGCGUCCGCGUUGGCCGCGUCGUCAUCCACUCCACCCAGCCCUGGCCGUACCCGUCCAGCCUCAUGAUCGGCGCCGUCGCCCAGGCGCUUCCCGGCGGCGAGGAGGUCACCCUGCACGACAAGGAGCUCGAGAGCGCCCGCUGGUUCACGCUCGACGAGGUCCGCGUGGCGCUUGCGCAGGGCGGCAGCGCCCUCGGCGCGGCCCCGCCCCCGGAGUACAAGCCCGGCGACUUGAGAGUGCCCCCGCCCCAGGCCAUUGCCCACCAGCUCAUGGCGGCCGUCGUCGAGGGCAAGUUUACGGGCGCUUCCAAGAUUUAG